CCAGAGGCUGUGUGGCCAGUCAGUUACUCGAGCACCAGUCCCUCUCAUCCUGAACUUCGGAAUAGCACUACGUUUGUGAAGUGCAUCGUCUUUCGUGUCAUGUGAACUUUCUAUAUCAUGGAAGCAGUGUUAUUCAUCUUGGUGUGAAGUGUAUUCAUUGUGAAUAUUAAUGUGAUAUUGAAAAGAUAAAUAAAAUAAAACGCGGUAGCAAGCGAUAUCGAAUAACACGAAUGAGCAUACAGCGAUUUCCAGAUGAAGUCAUAUCGCUGUCGCGCAGCUCUGCUGAAUUUUUUAUGGAUUCCCUUCCUUGUAAGAGGCCAGAAUGUUGGGGAGAUGUGCCAACGGCAGGACAGAACCCGAGGUAUUUGCCGUGACAUUCGGGAAUGCGUGAACCAGAACGGUGAAGCUGAAAGCGCCACCAUGUUGGAACUCUGCAAUGAUUCCGAGUUCAACAGAAUAAUUGCUUGCUGUAGAAGAACACCACAAAUUAUAGCCAAACAAAAGUGUGAAUUAUGGAAGAGACAGGCUGCCGCAGAUGGAUCACCUUGUGUAACCCCACUAGUCCACGGAGGAGCAGAUGCUGAAGUUGGAGAAUUUCCACAUUUG